AUGCAGCGUAAUUUUCUGUUAGCUACCGCGCUGCUCUCAUGUACUACACAAGCUUACUACUUCAAAAGAAGUCCUUAUGGUGAUGCGCCAGAUAAUGUUCCUGAUUACAUCAACUCGUACUAUGGUUUCCCAGUAUUUUCAUCGAAUGAACCUCGUAGACGACAACCGGCUAAUUUUUAUCCGUCACAAAGUUCUCUGAUUGUGGAUUUUAAUAGAAACCCGUUUGAUUUUGGACCAGCAGCCCACAGAUUUGGAGACGCCAAUGAAAAAACAGAUCGUGAGAGAAUUAUGGAGAACGCAAAGCCUGGAUUCUGGCGUAAAAAUAGUCGUGAGACGAUGGAUAGAAUCAAAAAAAUCUUAAAUGAGAAACGCUCGGAUCUCGAACAAAAGCAUGUUCAGAUUCGCAGAAUUAUUGUAAACGAAGGCGCCGAAAUUCGAGCCAAAUUUGCGGAUCUUCAUAAGCGAUUGAUCCAGAAGAACAACAAAAUGUUCAGCACAACUUCGACUCCGAUAAAUGAAAUUCCAAGAUUGAGCAAACAAGCGCAAAAAUUGGAAAAGCAAGCAAAGAAAAUCAUGGAGAAUGAAAAAAUGCCAAUAGAAAAGAAACAGGAAAUGUUGGACAAGCUUAUGCUUAAAGCUCCAGACGCUGUUAAAUCAGAGCUGAAUGCUAUCAAUGAUGACAAAAAUGUAUCUCCACAAUCAACCCAACCACAAUACAAACCACAGCAAUCGUUUUCUAUCGUUGAAGCGCGGCCAAUUCGAGUGUCUGAAGAUGGAAAUGUCAUCGAAAUUUAA